AUGACUGUUGCCAAUGGCACACCCACCACGCCAACGCCCCGUCCUUCUCUUCCCAAUUUCCAAAAGAACACCAGAAAGCGCUGGCCCCCCAUGGCAAACCGCAACGCCCUCCCAUACAAGCUCACGGUCAUCUCCAAGGAGAAGCUGGCCCGUGAAGCUACCGCUCCAGACCCAGACCUUCGCCGCUGCGUUGCACACUUCCGCCUACACUGUGGCUCCGUUCUCUGGACCGAGAAUGACAUGAAGUCCCGCAUUAGCUCCUUCGAAUUUGAGGAAUCUGAGUCCGAGUCCGAGGACGACUUCGACCACAAGAAAAUGAAUGAGAUCAAGCUCAGACAAAAGUCACAAAAAGCCCAAAACACCAUCGUCACGGUGCAAAUCACUCCCGAAGAAAAGGAACCUUUAGUCACAGCAUCAGAGAUCAUUCCUGAGAGUGACCUUACCGACAACUACAUGGAUCAUAAUCUAUGUGCCGUUACCGUUCAACCUAUAACCGCCUAG